AUGAUCAGAUCAAUUAGUAUCCAGUCAGAUAGAUCUAUAGACUGUAAUCACUACCAUGACAAUCAUGAUAUUGAUACAAGUUUAGUUGAUCUUGAAAUAAUUGUAGACGGUAGUAGUAGUUCAUCGUCAUCAUCAUCAUUAGUAGUAGAAAUAGGAAAUGACUUUGCAACACUACUAUGGGAGAGUAGUUUAGUACUCAGUUGGUAUCUUAUAAAUGUUGAGUUUGCAGGUUGUACUGAUUGUUUAAUACACCGACAACAACAAGAGCAUAGAAAUAACAAUAGCAAUAAUAGAAUUAUAAGAACAAUAGAGAUUGGUGCAGGAAUUGCUCUACCUUCGCUAGUUGCAUGUUCACUCGGUGCAUCUGUUAUCAUUACCGAUAGAGAAGGUAGUACAACCAACAGUAUAUUCCAAGGUAUCAAUAGUAACAUUCAGCACAAUCAACAACGAUCAUUGAAAGGUAGAAUUCCACCAACACUCAUAGAACUGUCAUAUGGUAUCUUUUCAAAUGAAGUAUUAUCUCUACCUCCUGUAGACUAUCUAUUUGCUUCAGAUUUAUUUUAUAAUAAUACCAAAGAUUAUGACGAUAUCUUUGCAACACUUAGUUAUUUCAUUAAUAUCAAUCCAAACAUUAUUAUUUUACUUUGUUAUCAAAUAAGAUCUGUACAAAAAACCAUUUCACAUUAUCUUUAUAAAUGGGGAAUGAUAGGUGAAUCAAUAUUAAUAGAUUUCUUGCCAAUCGAUCAAGAAUUGAGAUCAGAGAUAGAGUUGUUCAAAAUAACAUCAGCAAAAGUUAGUGAAACCAAUAUGAGCUCAACAUCGAUUGUUGUUGAAGAUUCUGGCUCAGAUUAA